GGAGCAGGCGGAAGAGGCGUCCGUACGGGAGGCUAGGUCGCAGAGGAACAUCGUUGGGAUCAACGACUAUCACCUUUUCUACAAGAUGAGUAACAGCCACCCUCUUCGCCCCUUUACUGCAGUGGGGGAAAUUGAUCAUGUGCACAUUUUGUCUGAACAUAUUGGUGCCUUGCUGAUUGGGGAAGAAUACGGCGACGUCACAUUUGUUGUGGAAAAGAAACGUUUUCCUGCCCACAGGGUAAUUUUAGCAGCGAGGUGCCAAUAUUUUCGAGCAUUACUGUAUGGUGGGAUGCGAGAAUCUCAGCCCGAAGCAGAAAUCCCUCUCCGAGACACCACUGCAGAAGCGUUCACGAUGCUGCUUAAGUACAUCUACACGGGGCGGGCAACACUGACAGAUGAGAAGGAGGAGGUGUUGCUGGACUUCUUGAGCCUGGCUCAUAAAUAUGGAUUUCCAGAGCUGGAGGAUUCUACCUCUGAGUAUCUCUGCACCAUACUUAACAUUCAGAAUGUCUGCAUGACUUUUGAUGUUGCCAGCCUCUACUCGCUUCCCAAGUUAACUUGCAUGUGCUGCAUGUUUAUGGACAGAAAUGCUCAGGAGGUGCUCUCCAGUGAAGGCUUCCUCUCCCUUUCUAAGACAGCACUUUUAAACAUCGUAUUAAGAGAUUCAUUUGCAGCCCCAGAGAAAGAUAUUUUCCUAGCCUUGUUAAAUUGGUGUAAGCACAAUUCAAAGGAGAAUCAUGCUGAAAUCAUGCAGGCUGUGCGUUUGCCUCUGAUGAGCCUCACUGAACUUCUGAACGUUGUGAGGCCUUCAGGACUAUUGUCUCCCGAUGCCAUUCUGGAUGCGAUUAAAGUUCGAUCAGAGAGCCGGGAUAUGGACCUCAAUUACAGAGGCAUGCUCAUCCCAGAAGAAAAUAUUGCAACCAUGAAGUAUGGAGCCCAGGUUGUGAAAGGGGAGCUGAAGUCCGCCUUGUUAGAUGGCGAUACUCAAAAUUAUGAUUUGGAUCAUGGAUUUUCUAGGCACCCAAUUGAUGAUGACUGCCGUUCUGGCAUUGAGAUUAAGCUAGGUCAGCCAUCUAUCAUCAAUCACAUACGGAUACUCCUGUGGGACCGAGAUAGCCGAUCUUACUCAUACUUCAUUGAAGUAUCAAUGGAUGAACUUGAUUGGAUCAGAGUGAUUGAUCAUUCACAGUAUCUGUGUCGUUCUUGGCAAAAGUUGUAUUUUCCAGCCCGUGUCUGCAGGUAUAUUCGAAUAGUUGGGACUCACAACACAGUGAACAAGAUUUUUCACAUUGUGGCUUUUGAAUGUAUGUUUACAAACAAAACCUUCACUCUUGAGAAGGGACUAAUAGUUCCCGUGGAGAAUGUUGCAACAAUUGCUGAUUGUGCCAGUGUGAUUGAAGGAGUCAGUCGGAGCCGAAAUGCCUUGCUGAAUGGCGACACCAAGAAUUAUGACUGGGAUUCUGGCUAUACGUGUCAUCAGCUGGGAAGUGGUGCGAUUGUGGUUCAGCUGGCACAGCCGUACAUGAUCGGGUCAAUACGGUUACUACUUUGGGACUGCGAUGACCGAAGCUACAGCUACUAUGUUGAGGUCUCCACCAACCAGCAACAGUGGACCAUGGUGGCCGACAGAACUAAAGUCUCCUGCAAGUCCUGGCAGUCUGUAACUUUUGAAAGACAGCCCACCUCCUUCAUCCGAAUCGUGGGAACACACAACACAGCAAAUGAGGUGUUCCACUGUGUCCACUUUGAGUGUCCAGAGCAGCAGAGCAGCCAGAAGGAGGAAAGCAGCGAGGAGUCGGGGCCAGGGGAGCCCAGCCUGGCUGGCCCACAGUUCGAGCCCCACGCCCUGCAGGCCCCCAGCGGCAGCUCCCUGCCUUCCAGCCCCGGCUCCGCCUCUCGCUCCCCCAACCGGCAGCACCAGUAAAGGGGGCGCCGACGACGUGGAGGCGCGGGUGGGCCCCGAGGGCAGGGGGCCAGGAUGGGCGUCCUCCCAGGAGGGAUCUCUGUUGACCGUCCCCCUCCCCUGCCGGGAGGGGCAGACUGGGCUGCAAAAACACGGACACAGAACAGGCUUUCUCCCAAGGACAGAAAGGGGCUGCUUUGUUCUCCUCAAUUUGUUCAAAUUAGGCUAGUCUCCAGGGGGAGAAAAUGGGUCUUCAGUCUUCAUCAAGUCCACCAUUAACACCCUACCUCUCUAAUCUAACCCGGGCAAAGGGGACAGAAGGCAGCGGCAGACGGCCCGUGUCGGAAUACCUCGGCAACCGAGCUCAAGUGUGGGAGGAUCCAUUGGGCCUUUAUGACCCGGAGGCACCCUUUACGAAGUGGGUUUCCGAAGCGUGUUUACUUUUAUGGAACACAUUGCCCUGGCAACUAAAUGAUUUUUUCUUUCUUUUAGUUAUUGUCCAUUUGCUGAAUCAUAGGUGUUCCAGAUCUUUUUGAAAUGCUCAAACAGCAAAUCACUUGUUUUAAUCCCUUUUGACGCUGUAAUUUUCCUUGCUUAGUUUUGUACGGUUAAGCCUGGGCUGGAGCGGAGAGAUUCUGUGCACAGCUCCGAAAUGAGGCACAGAUGGCUCAUCAUGGCACCUGGUCUGACAAGGAAAAUCCUCUGAGGAAGUUCAACAAAAUACACAAUGAGCAAAUCAAUCCGAGGACACUGGAGUUAAUAAUCACUCGAAUUCCUGAGUUAUUAACCUGUCAUUCCUGAAACAUAUCCAGCCUUUAAGCUUGGGAGGCUGACGAGGAAAUAUUUUGCCACCUGCUAAUUUCCUGUUCAUAAGUCUGUAAAUGUAUCUGGAAGUCCGCAGCAGCUUCCAGUUGGGCUGAGCCCGCCCCUGAAUCACCACUGGUUAGCCGGGCCGUGGGGACGGCGGCCCUCCUGCCGGCCAGGGUCAGGAACUCGAAACUGGGGCUUCGCAGCGCGGUCGUGAUAGUUCAGGGCUUGCUGUGUUUCACCCCCAGACCCUACUACUCGGCCAGGGUUUAGAAGAAAAAGCCGUUCUAAGAAGCUUUUCUCCUCGAGCCGAUCUCCUCUGACUGCCGUGGCCUGCCGUGGCUCUGUUGUGUCUCCUGCUUAGUGACUUCCAGUCCAGCGCUAACUACCCUUUGUAAUGUGCUCAGCCUGCUGCCUGGGGUUUGCUGGGCUCCACGGAAGCCCGGCCGCGGUCCCCCGGCCCCCCAGACGCAGGCCCAGGCCCUCGGCACACCCUGUGACCCCGCUUGGAGGAGGGUGGGCUUACAGGGGAAGGUUCCUUUCUGGGGUCUUAAAGACACGUGGGGUUAUGGGUGGACACAGAGCCCCUGGGCCCACUAACUAAAUGCUUUCUCCAGUGUAACUUGGUCUUGAGUGAUCUCUCAAUAUGGGAGCAGCAGGGGGGCAUCAAACCACAUGAUUAAGCAGGAAGGUGGGCUUUCUGUUUGAACGUGGGCGGCAGGAGACAGUGGCAGGGGUGCCACAGCGCCAGCCACAGCUGCAGAGGCUCUGGGCCCCCCCACCCCGCUCUCAGCUUGCG